AAUAAGUGCACACAAACCCGACCUUUGUUUCAGCGGCAUUACAAGGGCAUUGCGGGAGUUCUUCGGGGCUUCAAAUCAUAUGGGUGGCUGUAUGUUCAGGCUCUUCUUGCUUCUCUGUACAGAAAUUUGAGAGCAUUAUGCUUGGCUGCGAGGGCGUUCUGGAGUUCAUAGUCCGGGUUUACUCCGGUUUGGAAUGGUUUUCGAGCGAUACCCUUCCGGUCUUGUUACAGCGCUUUGGGCUUGAUACAACGUAGAUGAUAUCAGAGGGUUGGAAGGGUACAGGGAAAGGGAUCUCAUGUAUAUGCUCACACCUUCGAUACAAAGUCGUCAUGAAUGUUCAACUAUUGUGCAUUUCGCGACAAAUACAUCUCCUGGAAACAGCCCCAUUGUUUAAAUCUCACGGAGAUGACCAGUUCGACGUGCUGUUUCACCGCUAUAAUUGGCAUUGUCAUAGCACAAGGGUCCUCGUUAUUUCACCAGCUAGGAUCUUCUGGAAGGUGCACUCGGCUGGCAUAUCACCGAAUCAUCAACAAACACAGCCCAGGUGCAACACUUCAAGCAAUCAGUUUCCCAUAUUCGUUUCUUACACAGCGGUUGCCACUCACUUUGCAUUGCUAGACGCCACAAGCCACGGUUCCAAAGCAGAUCAAAGUCCGAGCCCUACAUUUCGGCGCUCCACUAUCCGCAGCCAAGCCCGCGACACCACAUUUCACGGAGCGUUAGUUCCUCGACGCGUCUGUACCCCACUACCUGGCUUUCGCCUUUCAUAAGGGUUGUUUGGGGACAGGUUGAGGCCCGUUGGCAUAACAGCGCGUCUUACUGGUGACUGAAUACCGUCGGGGAGCAACCACGUAUUGCAUGUCCCCAGGUUCACGCCAGGCC